AUGUCGGACUCCACGCACAAGACGCACGUCCGGGACAGCCGCGGGCCACGUGCGGUUGAUGCUGGCCACAGCCGCGAGAAGGGCCGCGGCGAGCGGCGCGAAGGUGGUGAGGGCGAUAGCAAGCACCGCUCCUCCAAGCACAGCUCUUCGAGAUCAUCAAAGCCAGAGUCCAGCCGCAGUCGACGAGAGUCAUCCAGCUCCUACUCCAGGCCAAACAUCUCAGAAAAGCCAACCUUCGAAAUGGACGUGAUUGGGCAGCCGCAACGCAACGUCGUCUAUGGCACGACCGUCGAGACCUCCGUCAUGGUUAGCCUCAGAGUCCCCUCCCCGGACCUCAUCGCACAUUACAAAAGUCUCGACACCAACAAGCUGAUGGGCGUCGUGUCGUUGGUGGCGGAUACUCGCAGCGGCGAGAGGAUGGCGAUCGAAUGUGGCACUCUCACUGGCCAGAAGAUGUUUGACUCGUGCCAUCCUAUCCCCGAAGAGUACGCAGAGACGCUCGCCCGGAAUCAACCUUGCCGUCUGUCGUUGGGCUACUUCACUUUCCCCAGUCUGCUCAUCAGGCAGCCUGGAACGUAUCGACUGCGCAUCACUUUGAUGAAGAUGAGCAGUGCUGGUGGCUCGGCCAACAUACUCUCCGUUGACAGCGAGUCGAUAAAGGUCCAUCAACGACAGACUGGGGCGGGCAGCAAGCAUCAGCGCAGUUGA